AUGGACAUGUUUUCACUCCACUUGCACUGCUGUUGGAUUCUUCGGCGUUGUUGCUCUUCAUCUGUCUGUUUUAUUUUAGCGCAUUCACCCGUUUGUCACUACAAAACCCACCUGCUUUCCACGCCUGCCCAACACACCAUUCACAAUGCUGGCUUCAGUACACAUUCAGCUGAUUCUUUUUUUAAGCAGAUAUGAGAAAUUUUGCUAAACAAAGACGUCUCUCUUCCUCGAGUUCGGUUUUCCUGCACUAAUGGUCUCUUAAGGAGCGAGUCGUUUACAAAAACAAUGUAAAGUGCUUCACUCAGCAAGAAAAAGCAAUGUGAGGUCAGCUCAAAGUGCUGUUUAGAUGCUUCACCAGCCCUCAGAAUGAUGAAAUGCUGUGUGUUGUUAGCAGAGGAUGCUGCAGAGUCACUGCAUUGCAGGCCAUUUGGGCUGGGCUUACUGCAGGCACAUCUGCACUGCUGAUAAACUUAAGAUCAUGGGACUUUCCGCUGUCUUUGUUUACAUUUUUAUACAAUUAGCUGUCCCAUCUUAUGGUGAAUCUUAAUGUACCAUCAUUCUUUAAAUGUUUGGUGAUUAUUUUCAUUUGGGGAAUUGACUACAUUCUGGCUUUGAUAUGCUAAAUCUAAAGAGAAAAGGAAAUGCACAGGCUAUCAGUCAUCUGAACACAAUACACACGGAAGCAUUUGGGGCUCCAGGGACCCAAGUAGAUAUUUCGCAAGAUGAACAUUAGAGAAGCUUCCCAUGCACAAGCCAUCUGGAGAAAACAUUUCCAAAUUCUGUCACUGUCAAUGCAUACACAGUGGUAUAAACUUACACCGAGAUAUUUAAAAGCGUAAUCCUAGAUGUAUAGUUCUGUCCUACAAUUCAGGAGUUCAGAUCUAAAACCCUCUAACUGUGGGUUCACACCAGAUGCGAGUUCACAGUUUGCACGAGUAGAUUACAUACAAAGUCAAUGCAGAGACGCCAUCAGAAGCGUCCUCGCGUGGGGCAAUGCGAUAUGGGCGGCGCAUUUGCCACGAAAACACACGCCUCAAACGUGUCUUCUCCCAAGUUGAAAACAUUCAACUUGAGCGAAAAAUUUGCAUGACGCAAAGUUAAAUCCUGCUUGUAAUCUAGAACAAGUAACGCGAUGCCCCGCGUUUGUUGUGUGUACUUAGCAUAAGUGCAUCUGACAUGUUUUCUUGUCUUUCGCUGUAAGACAAAAGUGCAAACUUUUUUUGUCCAAAAACCUCCACUUCUAAAAAGUAGUAGUAGCAGGGCUCCAGACUAACUUUUUUCACUAGGAGCACAGUGGCCCCCGACUGAAAAUUUUAGGGGCGCAAUCAGAAAAUUUAGGGGCACAUACCGUAAAUCAACAUGCUAACCAAAUAUUCACAUUUCUACUAAGUAAUACACUGUAUUACUAAUAAAUACUUUGAUGAUAGAUGCAGAAAGUACAAUGUGCUGUUUUAAAUUCAGUUUCACAUCACAAAAAAGUCAAAUUUAUGGUCGCACAUGUAGUAGUAGUAGUAGUAGUAGUAGUAAACAAAUGCAAAAUCACUAAAGAUGCAACUAGAAACAUUGCAAAUGAUCAAAGUCAAAUGUGUAAAAAUUAAGAAACUGAACCACCCGUUAGUCGGCACUGUGAGCCAUAUCACUACCACAUUCAGUUUGUAUUCAGGUCCAAGUAAUCACAAAGGGACACAAGUUUGAAGGUGAUCCACUGUAGUUUUGUGCACUUGUGCGAUUACCUGGAUAUUUGAUAAACCUGUGUUACGUGCUGAGUGCUGUCCGUUAAUCUCAUUAUCUUAUUUUUGACAGAAGUGACAUUUAGCGACUUUUGAAUCUGAGCUCCUCUUUUAUUUUUGCAAAAGAGAGAGAGGGGCCUUAUUUUUAAUUCUUAUAAAAUUUCUCAUUUAAUUUUAAUCUUAACCAAACUCUUUAGUAAGUUAACAAGCCUGACAUCUCAAGAGGCCUCGUGCAAUAACUCGGAAAUGGAAAAUAUUAUCAAAGCUCUCUAGCAAUCACAGGAGAUGAAAGAAAUGCGAUCGCUUUCAAACCUUACCUAAUUUAAAACCAAGCCUCAUUUUUAAUUAACAGAUAAAAGAUCCCAAGACUGAUGACUUUGUUUAGGGCUGUCAGUUUAGCGUUCAGCAUCCAAGUUGGACAAACAAUUGACAGGCGUGGCAAAUAAAUGGCAGUACUGAUGGAAAGUGGGUGUGUCUUGUGGGGAUGUCCACUCCCUCCCUACCCAUAAUGCUUUAACCUAGUUCUUGCUCCACUUCUUGCCUCACAUCAAUCAUGGCUCUGCCUGCUUCAUCUUUAUCUCACCCACUGUAGACCGUGACAUCUGUUAGAUGACCUUGUGCAUCAUUGGCGUAUGCUCAGCCUCAUCUCUAACAACAUCCUUAGCUCUUUGCUGCCUCUUCCCCCUUUCUGUAUAUGCUUACUGUCACAACUAACACCGUCGUUUCUUUUUGUUAAAGUGGUUUAACAAAAAGUUGCAUGCUGGUUAAUGGUUUUGAGUUUUUACAUAAAAAGAUUCUCAUCAUAAUUGCCUUUUUAUUUGUGGUGUGCGUGUGUUAGAUAAACACAACAAAUUUGUUUUCCAAUGCAUUUAUUUGUCAUCCAUAAUUUUAUUAUUAAUGCUUGGAUCAGAUCUUUUGUUUUUUGUAAUAUUACUUUUUUUUACUUGAAGCUUGAAUAUUUUCAUAUUCUUGCAUCUCAUUUUUGUUUCAGUAUUUUUUUUUUUAAAGCAUUAAAUUAGUCUGAAUGAAAUAUGUGCACACACGCGGAUCAAGCCUCUCAAUGGUAACCCGAGGCCUUCUCUCCACUUUUCUUUUUGUCUCUCCAUAAGUCUAUUGAUCUUCCUCACACUGUUUCGCCCCUCGAUCUCUUCUCUCGUUAAAGCUACAUACUGUUUGUUUUUGUUGUGGCUCUUUCAUGGUGAUGAACUCACGAAAAGCUUGUGAAAGUUUUUGGUUUUUGUGUAUGCAAGCUCUUUAUGUCUGCUUCCCUCUCGUUUACUCUUAGUUGUUUAUUAAUCUCUCUCCCUGAAGCGGUUUAUAUAUGUAUUUCUUUGACAUAUACAUACGUAUAUAACCGUACAUUCCUCCCUACCUUUUCUAAGACUGAAAGUGAAUUAGUUGACUCAGAGGUUGGUAGCAUUUACAUCCAUUUUAUUUUAGUUGUUACCUCCACUAGAGGAAUGCCUCAUAAAUUAAAUUUUAGACUAAGUGUCCCCUUAAACGCAUCCCUCCAGAUUGUAGGGCUUCAGAGAUGUGCCUUAUUACAGAACCAAGUGACUUUCUUUUCCUCUUCUUGUUCUAUCUAUCCUCUUUCUUUCUUUUCCUCCACUUCCCCUUCAACAAGGAGUUUAAAGGUGUAGCACAUGAUGCUUAAUGUUGAUGACAGUGAAGAGGUUUCAACAAUUAUUUGGCUACCAUGUGUGCUUGUGACACUGUGUGUGUGUAAAUGUGUAUGAAGCGCUUCUUAUUAUUGGAUUAUUGUGGUCUUUUUCUUUCCUCUCUUCCUCACAUCAGGAUAACAUUGGGCACCGGCUUCUUCAGAAACAUGGCUGGAAGUUGGGUCAAGGCCUGGGAAAAACCAUGCAGGCAUUAUGAUCCUGGCCAUGUUGUGCUGAUGGUAAACUUAGUGGACGAACUGAUCCUGUGCCCAUCACCCUCAAAUAUGACGUCAUGGGAAUGGGACGCAUGGAGAUGGAGCUGGACUAUGCAGAAGAUGCCACAGAGAAGCGUCGUGUCUUGGAGGUGGAAAAAGAAGAGACGGAGGAACUGCGGCAAAAAUACAAGGAUUAUGCAGAGAAAGAGAAAGCCAUAGCCAAAGCUUUGGAGGAUCUGAGAGCUAACUUCUACUGUGAGCUGUGUGAUAAGCAAUAUCAGAAACAUCAGGAGUUUGACAAUCACAUCAACUCCUAUGACCAUGCACACAAACAGAGAUUAAAGGAGCUGAAGCAAAGGGAGUUUGCUCGGAACGUGUCUUCGCGUUCUAAAAAGGAUGGCAGGAAACAGGAGAAGAUGCUUCGUCGUCUUCAUGAACUGGCAAAACAGAGAAAGCACAAAGACAUUGUCCCUGGUAGUGGCCCAAUGUUUAAGCCCACCACUGUGGCAGUAGAUGGAGAAAAAGGGGAAGACUCAAUGGAUGGUGUGCCAAUGACAAUAGAUUCUAACAAUGAGGUUUGUGAAGAUAAAGGAGUCUGUGGCCUUGGUAGUCAGGGGUCCCCAAGAACAGGCUCUACCAUCAGCUUUGGCUUCAACAAGACCAGCUCGUCUCCAACACCCUCUGGAGGGUCACACGCUCCCAAACUCAGUGUCUCCUUCUCUUUUGCUAAGAAAGCCCCAGUCAAACUUGAGACAGCUGCUGCUGUAUUUGCAGACCUUGGUGAGGAGGCAGUGGAGGAGGAAGAAGGUCAGGAAGAGGGAGUUGAAAAGACUGGAACUGAGGAAGGAGGUGUGUCAUCCAACUCUGAUAGCCCACAUGGUGCAACAGGAGGUGAGGGAGGAGGAAGUGUAGGAGAAAGUGGCGGUGCAAGUGAUGAACAAGUGUCACAACCGGAUGAUGGUACAGCCUUGGCUUCCACUUUGAACAAGCUGAAGAUGAUGAUGAAAAAGGAGGAAGGUUACGCUGGACAGGAGCCACAGUAUUAUCAUUAUGUACCUCCUUCACAUUGUCGGGUCAAGCCUCAUUUUCAGUUUCUGCUUUUUAUGAAAGCUUCUGACCAGUGUGGCAGCAAGGAGGAGGAUGAAAAUGGAGAGAAAGAUGGAAAGGUAGCACCUGGUAAAGAUAAAGAGCAAAAGCAGCCUAAAGUCAGCAGCUGUGAAUCAGAAAAAGACACCGAAAAUGAGUCUACACAAGUAAAAAGCCAAACUCCUCCUCCCACAUCAACCACACUAAAAAUAGAGGAAGCACCUUGUAGUACCCCAGCAGAUAAAGUUGACACAGCAGUUUUAGAUAUCUCGUCCCAAGCAGUUGAUACCAAGCAAGGUAUGUCUGAGCUUUCAGACACAGGUCCUCGCGUUCCAACUGGGCCUUUCUUUCCUGUGCUUAGUAAGGAUGAAAGCACCACCCUGCAGUGGCCUUCCGAAUUACUGGAGUUCACUCAGGCUAAACCUUCUCUUUCUUAUAGUUGUAAUCCUCUCUACUUUGACUUCAAGCUGUCAAGAAAAAAAGGAAACUGGGCAGGCAAAAACAGCAAACCAGCCAAGCCAGCUAGUAGUGAUGGAGGAGAGGCAUCUAAACCUGAAAACACAGAAAGUAUUCCAGCAACUAGUGGAGAGACUUCCACUACCACAGCAGUGGCAGGACCAAGUACUGGUGAAAAAGAUCAGAUACCCCCGAAAGAAGAGGGUUCUAAGAGUGACAACAGUGAGCAGAAAUUAAAAAGUGGUGAAAAUGUGCCUGGAGGAACAAAGAAAAAGAAGAAGAAGAAGAAACACAAGAAGUCUGGAAAACACUCCAAACGCAAAGAAAAAGAAAAGGUGGCAGCAGAGGGGGCUUUAGAAAAUGAGGCACCAGGAGAGAAAACUAAAAAGAAAAAGAAACAUAAAAGAAAGAAAAGCAAAAAUAAACCAUGUGAUCCUGAGGGCAACGAAGAGCAAGGUGAGAGCAAGGAAAAAGAGAAAGACAAAGAGGAAAAGGAUGGGAUGUCUUCUGCCCAGUCAUCAGGAGUACCCACAUCCCAUGAAGGAGGAAAGAGAAAAAGAUCUCACAAGAUGGCACAGCUGUCUGGAGUUGAGGAAAGUAGUAAAGGAAAGACCAGCUCUGCAGAGGAGCACAACGGUACAAAACGUCUUAAAUCAGACCCAAAUGCUGCUUCCUGCUCUGCCUCAGCCCAAAAGAGCUCAAGUGGAGGUCGGCCCCCUAGCAGUGACAGUGAAGAAGAUGGUGGAUCAUCAUCUCAACGUUCCCGACCAGCUCGUCGUCGCUCCACACCACCACGUGAGCAGCGAAGACACCACAGUAAUGAAUCUGGCCGAUCGCGGCGUUCUCGUAGUAGAUCUUCUCGUCGAGGAGACCGCAACCAUAGGCGUCACAGGGGACAAAAGUCACGUAGUCGAUCUUACUCAAGUAGCUCUGAGCGUUCCUCAGCGGGGAGCAGUGCUUACAGCCAUCGUAGCCAUAGCUACACAGACAGUUACAGUGACUACAGUGAUGAAGAACGUCGCCACAGAUCAAGAAGACCCUCCUCUGACUCAGACUACGAGAGACGUGAUAGUGGGCGGUCUCACAGACGACAUUACUCCUCCUCUACCUCUGAGGACUCUCGUUCUCGCUCACGCUCUCACAGUCGUAGAAAACAUCAUCAUCGGAGACACCAGCGGAGUAGUAGUCGCAGCUCUAGUCGCAGUAGUAGAAGCAGCAGUGCUCGCUCUUAUAGACGCAGCAGCUACAGUCGUAGCCGAAGUUCUGCAAGUCGUUCAUCUAGCUCCACUAAAGGUUCUCCACAUCGUCAUGGUCAUAGCCGGCGAUCUGACAGUUCCACACGAAGGCGUGAUUUUAACCGGUCAUGCAUUUACCGUUCUCAGUCUCCGAGGUCAGCUUCCCGCACGCAGUCCCGAAACAGGAACUCUUCAUCAGCACAAGCAACUAGAGGUAGUGGUGGAACUGCCUCAAAAGAGGGAGGAGGUGCUGCAGAACACAGGAAUUCAUUCACAGCUCGGCAACUACUGGAGAAAAUCCAAUCUCGAAAAGAAGGGGGUGAAUCUGGAACUAGCACCAAGCUAGGCAUCAAAAUCAAAGACCCUCCACAGGGAUACUUUGGGCCCAAGCUUCCCCCUUCCCUCGGAAACAAAAAUAUGUUGCCUCUUUUUGGCAAGCUACAGGCAGGAAAGAAAACACCAUUACUUUCUCUUAUGCGUUCAACUGAUGGUGAAAAGUCAGAGCUAGGAAAAAAUUCAGACAGCAAUGAAGUGAUCCUGGUAGAACCCAUUCGUGAGUUUCCCCCUCCCCCACCUCCACCCCAGCCACCAGUCCAGCAGCAACAACAAAAGCAGCAUGUGGAGGAAGCGAUACCAAAUGCUGUAGUAUCUGAGGAGAGUAGACAUUCAAGCUCAGACCCUCAGGUCCUUCUUGAGUCUCAACCACAAUAUGAACAGGAUCCAGCAAUGAUAAUGUCACAAUAUCAAGGUGAUCAAAUGCAAGACCCCAAUAAUCCAAUGUUGGAUGGUCAUAUGAUGGGCCCUGAUAUGGGUCUACAGCCUACUAUGCACACCUACCCUGGUUACCCCCCACCCACAAUGGAGGACGGGGAAAUGGGCAUGCAAGCUGAAGAUGACGGACUUGCACCUUUAGAAAGUCAACCAAUCACUUUUACUCCAGAGGAAAUGGAAAAAUACAGCAAGUUGCAACAAGCAGCUCAACAGCACAUUCAACAGCAGCUGUUGGCAAAACAGGUGAAGAGCUUUCCUUCAGCUGCAGCUGCUGCAGCAGCGGCUAAUUUGGCAGCGGCAGCUAACCUUGCCCCUGCACCGCCACCACCACCAGCCGCACUGCAAUCGAUACACAUCCAGCAACCCAAUGUUUCUGCAGCUUCUGCUACCUCCAUUACCACAGUACAGCAUGCCAUCCUGCAGCACCAUGCUGCUGCAGCUAUGGGAAUCCAUCCCCACAACCAACAUCAUCCUCAUCAUGCCCAACUAGCCCAGAUGCACCACAUCCCUCAACAUCAUUUAACUCCUAUCUCUUUGUCACCACUGGGCCAUUCCUUAGGCCAUUCACUGGGUCAUUCUUUAGGACACACAGGCCUGAUCCCAGCUCACCACACUGCCUUUCUUUCAGGCCAGCCCAUACAUAUUAUACCUGCCUCUGCACUCCAUCACACCCCUCUUGCUUUACACCACAUCCCCCAUGCUGCCCUCUACCACACCCUCUUUGCCCCUCGGCCAGCAACCGCAGCAGCAGCAGCUGCCCUACAGUUACAUCCCCUUCUUCACCCCAUCUUCUCAGGACAAGACCUUCAACACCCUCCAAACCAUGGCUCCUGAAAACAUCACUUCUUGCUUCUCUCAUAGAGAAGACCAGGCCCAGCAGUGUGAAACCGUAAAGAAUUAAGUUACUGUGGGGGAGAUCGCUACCCACAAUCCUCUGUCCUCUUUAUACUUGGCUACCUUAAGGGGAGGACAGCUAGCAGGACUGUUAGUGGGUAACCUUUAAGGGAGAACAGAAUAAGACCAAGAUCUUCUUGGCUGCUUCUUGAGAUUGUCAUGUGAUGAAAUCAUGUGUCCUGAACCAGGAUAUAGCUUGGCAGGUAGAGGAAAAUACAUCAUAUAUGUUUCCUCAAGGUAUAUGUAACGCAUUCACACACAAAGGGUUGGUUUAUAGGCCAAGACGUGAAUCUUACUUGGGCAAAAGCACUGGUGUAUCUUCUGUUUCCUUGUGGUAUGUUUUAUUCAAUGUCCGAUGUGUACCUUAUUAUCUGGAAGCUCAUUAGCUAAAGCCAUAAUCAAGAUCUGUAUUGAGGGGUAUUAUCUGAAUUUGAUGGCAGUCUUUGAGGAUCAUUUUUGGGGACUUGUUUUUAUGUGUACUAUGUUGCAGAGUUUAUAACUUAACUAAUUGUCUGAAUAUGCAAAGAUACACUUAGACCUGGUUCUUAACCAGGCUGUCAUGAAUUGAUAAUUGGUGUACUACAAAGUUACCAUAAUAUUUGGUAAUUUUCGGCUCUUACCAAUUAUUAAAUACAGUUGUAUGCUACUCUUACCAAAGGGUAUUACAAAACAUGAUCAAAAGCAUUACAAUUAAAAGCCAUAAUCAGCACAUGACUGUGUCUAUUUUUGCUGGUUGGUUGUAAUUCAAUAAAUAUGUGAAUAGAACAGACAUCAAAUAUGUUGAUGUCACAAGAAUUUAUAUUGUCACAGGCUGUUGGAACUACAUUACAAGUUACACUUUGGAUUUUGAGAGUUCCCAUCCUUUGUAAAAUGAAAUUGUGAGAUCUUGCACUGAAAAAAAAAUAAUGUACAUUUGAGAUGCUGUUUUUGCAUCUUGUAACAACUGUAUGAUUGUAGUAUUCUGCAAUAAUUUUAUUUUCUAUUUCAUUUUAAAUUAUUUUCUAUUUUUGUUUGUAUGUUUUUUUUUUUGUUGAAAAAAAAAAGUUUUUUCCUGUAAAAUUAAUUUACUGUAAAUAAAGUUAUUGUAGUAAAACUAAAAGGUUUGUAACAUCCGUUUAAAAUGGAAUAAUGAAAUGGAAAAACUGAAAAUAUGUAAACAUGAUCAGGAUCAAGAAUGUUUUUGGGAAGAAGAGGGAAACGAGAAUGUGGCUAAACUUUCAGUGACAUGAAUUGUACUGUAAAUGGCAGCAGUGAAAAUAGCUUUUUAAAUCUUGAUGCAUAAGCAAAUAAACCUUUGACUUGUAA